CGGCUUCAAGCCCAUUUCCAAAAGGGCUUCCUGCCGCGGUGCUGCGGCUCUGAGUGCGCACGCGCGACCACAAGCCCUCUUCCUGGCAAAAUGGCGGUGGGGUUGAUGUGCGGGCGCCGGGAGCUUCUGCGCCUGCUGCGGCCCCAGCGUCAGUUCCACAGCGUCCCAGGACCUUCGCAGUGGCCCCGGACACCGCUGGCCGCGGGGCUCUGGUUCCCAGGCGGCCCGUGCUGCAGGCGCCCGCAGUAUGUCCUCCUCGGGGCCCCUAGCCCCCGUGGCCUCAGUAUCUCCGCCAUCUCUUUUGCAGAAGCCCAGGUUCAGGCCCCUCCGGUCAUUCCUGCAACUCCCUCACCUACAGCGAUAACUGAGGUGGCUCCUGGAGAGACUGCAGAUAUAGUCCAGGCUGCAGCAGAACAGAGCUUCACUGACCUGGGGCUGGGGUCAUACACCCCAGUGGGACUGAUCCAGAAUCUACUAGAAUUUAUGCAUGUUAACCUAGGCCUGCCUUGGUGGGGGGCCAUUGCUGCAUGUACAGUUUUUGCCCGCUGCCUGGUGUUUCCUCUCAUUGUGAAGGGCCAACGAGAGGCAGCCAAGAUCCACAACCACAUGCCAGAGAUCCAGAAGUUUUCCACUCGGAUCAGAGAAGCCAAGUUGGCAGGAGAUCAUGUUGAGUUUUACAGGGCCUCCUCGGAGAUGACAUUUUAUCAGAAAAAGCAUGAUAUUAAACUCCUUAGACCUCUCAUUCUACCUCUUACACAGGCCCCAAUCUUCAUCUCCUUCUUCAUUGCCUUGAGAGAAAUGGCCAGCCUUCCUGUGCCCAGUCUACAGACAGGUGGCCUCUGGUGGUUCCAGGAUCUCACACUAUCUGACCCCCUCUACGUAUUACCACUGGUAGUCACUGCUACAAUGUGGGGUGUCCUUGAGCUAGGUGCUGAGACUGGUGUACAAAGUGCUGACCUUCAGUGGAUGAGAAAUGUUAUGAGAUUGAUGCCCCUGGCAGUCUUGCCCAUAACCAUCCAUUUCCCCUCGGCAGUGUUCAUGUAUUGGCUCUCCUCCAACCUGUUUUCCCUGAGCCAGGUGGCUUGCCUACGGAUUCCUGCUGUACGCAGUGUACUUAAAAUCCCCCAGCGUGUUGUGCACGAUUCCAGCAAAUUACCUCCACGGGAAGGCUUCUUACAGAGCUUCAAAAAAGGCUGGAAGAAUGCUGAACUCACCCAUCAGCUACAAGAGCGUGAACGACGUAUGCAGAAUCACUUGGAGCUAGCAGCUAGGGGUCCCUUACGACAGACUUUUACCCACAACCCUCUGCUACAGCAUGGAAAAAAUCCCUCUCCCAACCCCCCGAACAGCAGCAGCAACAAACCAAAGUCAAAGCAGCCCUGGCGUGACACGCUUGGCUGAAUGCUGUUCCCUGCUCAUAGUGGCAGGAACUCUCUUCAAAGACUAAGCCUUAGAACAAGAUUCGACGCUGGUUCCUUGCCCCAGACCUAGGAACUGUGGGACAUGGAGAUGUUCGUUUUCAAUGUGGAUUUCACUGCAGACUCUCCUGCCUAAGUAUAAGACCACUGGGAAGCCAGGUGAUCUUCCCUUCCUCAGAAUUAGGAAACAUCUGUACUGUACGCUGCUUCCUGAUAUUUAUUAAACGGACAGAUGGAUUAUGUGCUUCAGAAAACUGAA